AUGGGGAAGGUCGAAUUCUUCGAGGAUAAGAACUUCCAAGGACGGAAGUACGAGUGCAGCACCGACUGCGCCGACCUGCGCUCGUACUUCAGCCACUGCAACUCCAUCAAGGUGGAGAGCGGCUGCUGGAUCCUGUACGAGCUCCCCAACUUCACCGGCUACCAGUAUGUCGUGAGCCCCGGGGAAUAUCCCGACCACCAGCAGUGGAUGGGAUUCAACGACAGCAUCAACUCCUGUCGCUGUAUCAAAAACGUGUAUGGAAAGUCCUGGAAGAUCCGAUUCUACGACAAGCAGGAGUUUGGAGGUCAGGCCGCGGAGUGCGUUGAAGACUGCCCGUCCGUCUACGAGUCCUUCAAGCUGCGGGAGUUCCACUCCUGCGUGGUGACGGAUGGAGCGUGGAUCCUCUACGAGCUGCCCAACUACCGCGGGCACCAGUACUUCCUGGAACGUGGCGAGUACCCCAACUAUGCAGACUGGGGCGCCACCUCCCCCACGGUGGGAUCGUUCCGCAUGAUCAAACAGUUCUAG